UCAUUUCUCAUCCGAGGUUUCUCAUCCUAAAUAUAAGAGUAGUGAGAAGCUAAUAGUGUGAGACUUCUAUGAGCUUCGUACAUAUUUGUAGAUGUAGAUGAAACUAUGAUACUUGUUAAUCUUGCCUAUCUUUCCCCAUUGUUGACUCGUUUAAGUCAAUUAAUUGCCGGUGUAUGUACACGGGUGUAGCGUUUAUUAUCUGAUAAACGUUAACUAGUGUUCCUAUAUUUGCGUAUUUUUACUGUCAGUCCCACGUUGUAUAUCUAAGCUGUUAUUGUAUCCCUUAUAAUUCUGUCAACUCUAAAUUACUCAUGCUGUGGAUGGAUACCUUUCUGCAAACUGGUUUUAGCAAAUUAGUUCUAAGUUUGCGGAUGACAAGUGCACAUUAUCUCUGAAUUUCGAGUAAAUUAUUUACAAAAUGAUCAUACCUCACAUUGUUCCUACUUUAUUUGUAGUGUUUCAAAUUUUAAUAACAGUAUCAGCAAAUUGUCCACCAGUUCGACCUAAAAAGGGUAUGGAAAUUCGUUGUCUUUUUCCGGAUAGAAAUACAAAUUCGUUGUUGGACUGUGAUCGUGAAUUACCACUCGGAGCAGAACUUCAGUAUCGGUGCCAAAGACUUUUUACCUUUGACAAAGUCCCACAGCAAAGUGGGCACAUGACCUGCGGGGAGCAUGGUCAGUGGAUGAAAUUAAUCGAGUUUAAGGAAUUCCAAUGUCUACCAGUUACAGCGUGCGGACGACCAGGAAACGCUACCUUCGACACGCUCUCCUCCUUUAUAGAGAUGGAGAACGAGACUGGAGAGCGAAUUUUUCCCUGGCAUGCAACUAUUUUUAAGAGAUUUGGGACCACCAACGCAUUCAAAUACGCUUGUGGGGCAACGCUUGUUAAUCCGGAAAACAAAGGAUAUUUCGUCCUUACUGCAGCGCAUUGUGUCACAAAGAACCCAUUGACUGCAGAACCUGGGCCAUCAGACAAUUUUCGUGUCGUUCUUGGAGGAGUGAGUACAAAGUUUGAGGACAAUGUGGUCGGAACGUCUCAAGUUUUUUCUCCAAACAAAAUCGUGAUUGAGCGAGAGUACGACCCUCAUAGUCUGCAAUCAAAUAUUGCUAUGAUCGAAUUAAAUGGUCCCGUAAAGAUUUCAGAAACAGUCCAGCCCGUUUGCUUUCCAACAAGAACGAUUGCAAACUCUCAAGUUCGCCCAGGCAGCAUUGGAGAACUGCCUGUUGUAAGGAAUGAUCAACUGGCUUAUCAAGAAAUUCUGGGACUACCCAUUUCCGAACAGGGCGAAUGUUUGAGAGAUUGUGCACGAGAACCAACAAUUACUGAAUUUUGUGCCAUACAUAAUACGGGAACAAGAUUGUCCCCAUUGGAAAGUGGAACUGGAUUAGUAUUCAACGAUGGAUCUCAACAACCGAUCUUUUUUCUCCAGGGUGUUUUAACCAAAGUUGCUGGAGAAGCCGAGGGGUGUGCAGCACACGACACUUUUACCAGCGUCAGCGUAUUUCUGGAUUGGGUGAAUAAAGUGCACGAUGAGUUGGCAGAGAGUCAAAAGGUCACCGAAGUCGUCACUAAUCCGUACCAACAGCCCUUCCAACCAACGAGAGCCCCACCCACAAAUAGUAUUGAGAGUAGCAGACCACCACCGCAAGUAGACCACGAAACGAGUAAAGCCGUCAUCCCAUCAACGAAUAUUUUAAACCUUGGGCAAAACUUACACAAUUAUUACCGAAGACUUCACCAAGCCCCACCAGUCCGUAUAAACAUUAAGUUAUCCAAAGAAGCUCAGGAGUGGGCUGAUUACCUUCUUUAUGAAAACAAAUGGGAAUUUUCACAAGGAAAAGAUUAUUCGGAAAACAUAUUUCAAUAUUUUGGGAAAAUUUCUGAUUCAGAUGUUAUACGGAAAGCAGUAGACAACUGGUAUAACGCGAUAAACAAGUUCAACUGGAAUUAUCCAGAAGCCUCCACGUUUAGUCAGGUGGUUUGGAAGAACACGACAGAAAUUGGCUUGGGAAUAGCGUCCAAAGGAACGAAAAGUGUCGUUGUUGCAAACUACUGGCCGAAAGGAAACAUUUAUUAUGACGUUGUUGGGGAUGACAAGGGGAAAUAUUUCAGGGAAAAUGUGCUGCCUCGACUUUCCCCUCCGGACACAGUUUCUUUAGUUUAAAAUGGGUCGGGUCUCAGCUAUGGAUAAUUUACUUCGCUCCAAAUAAAUGCAAAUCAUAAUUAUACGUAACAGUAAAAUCCCGUAAUACUAAUAAUGACGUAAUGUAGAAAAUAAUGAAUAAAUACUAAAUUAAUAGCA